AAGGCAUUGGCCCUCUUCUUGUCAGCACUUUAACCUACGAGAAACAUGUUAUCAAGUAUACAAUUUGAACUAGCAACAUCUGCUCAUAAUGUUAAGAAUAGCGUGGAGCAGGAUAGACCCGCGGCAGCAGCAAGAGAAGCUGUUGCCGUAGUGGAGGACAUUCAAGCACCAGUUAUAGCGGCUUCAGAGCCAACUGCACCCAGCAAAACUAAAUCCGCAGCGCUAAUGGCAACGCUAGCUUGCGUGUCGUUCCUGAACACAUUCAGCUCUGGCACACUUACCGUCGCUUUACCAGCCAUUGCAGAAGAACUCCAACUACCCAACAAUCUCCUCUUGUGGCCCGCUUCCGUUCAUGCUCUGGGUCUUAGUUGCACGCUCCUUUUACUCGGCGCAAUUGCCGAUAUCGUCGGAAAUCGCUCCAUAUUCCUCACCGGUACUCUGUUAUAUACAGCAUGGACAUUAGCGAUAUCUCUAGCCCAGACUAGUAACCAACUCAUCGCCUUCCGAACUCUAGAAGGUAUUUCAAUGGCUUUCUGCAUGCCUACCGCUGUUAGCACGAUUACUACUUCAUUCCCAAGCGGUAAGAUGCGAAAUAUUGGUUUCGCUGUAUUUGGUGGGGGUAGUCCACUGGGAUUCGCCGUCGGUUUAGUGCUCGGUGGGGUUCUGGUUCAGGUCUCAAACUGGAGAACGGCGUAUUAUAUGGCUACGGGUAUCAGCGCUGCAACAUUUGUUCUUGCGUGGUUUACUUUGCCGCAAUCAACUGCGGCUACUCAUGUUAGGCAUCGGUUGAUGCAUGAGUUUGACUGGGUUGGGGUGGUGUCUGCUAGUGUGUCGCUUGCGCUUUUGUCGUAUAUUUUUGCGGAAGUAACCUACAGUGGAAGUGUUAUGAGGGAGGCAUAUAAUAUCGUACUUAUGGCGGUCGCGGUACUGUUAAUUCCCUUCUUUGUUUUCUGGAUACGCCGCCAGGAACGCCUGGGCCGCCCAGCUAUCCUUCCUAGCAGUAUUUGGCGACGUGGGGCGUUCACUACGGUCUGUAUUACGGUGUUUCUUGUAUGGUCGUGGUUCAAUGCUUUCGGGUACUGGGCCACGCUAUUUUUCCAGAUCACACAGGAACUUAAUGCUUUACAGGCGGCUUUACGAUUUCUGCCCAUGGUUAUAGUGGGCAUAUUAACGAAUAUUGUCGCUGGUUUAGUGAUGGAUAAGGUCUCAGCGGGUACUUUAGUGCUGACCGGCGGGCUGUUGAGCGCUGUAUCACCGCUGCUAUUCGCUAUUCAGAAGCCCGACUGGGUGUACUGGGCUUCUGGCUUCCCCGCUAUGUGCUUCAGCGUUAUAAGCACUGAUCUGCUGUUUAACACCAGCAACCUGGUUAUUACGUCUAGCUUUCCCAGCAAAGACCAGGCAUUGGCGGGUGGGAUUUUCAAUACUGUUACUCAACUGGGUAAUAGUAUUGGACCUGCUGUGACUGCCAUUAUAGCGUCUGCAGUUACUGAAUCAGAAUCGGAUAAGUCAGAAGUUACUCUGUCAUAUGCGAUACUCAAGGGAUAUCAGAGUGCAUUCUGGGCGUGCUUCGCUGCAGCGGUCGCUAGCGCAGUUAUAAGCGCAAUUGGGCUACGCAACGUUGGAAAGGUCGGCAUGAAAAAGGAUGUGUGAAGCUUCGAAGGCUUCUUUGGCUUAUGAUAGACAUUACUAGAAAAGUUGAAUUCAGACUUAUUAAAACCCUUUAGUCGUUUCAAGAGUAAGUAAAGAAACAUUAGGCGCUUUCAAACUUCCAUCCGCGCCCGAAACCCCCUAUCCGAGUCCCUAUACCCCCAUGUAUACCCCCUACAAACCACUAAAUCUCCCUAAAACUAUAGUGUUCAAGAAGGAAGGGGGUAUUGUAUCCCAGCACGAGAUACACUCAGAGCAGUAUAAAUAUGCUGCAUUGCCAACGGUACCUUCUCAUGACUAGCUAGUAAUUGAGCAGUCUUAACAAUGUUCUUGAUAUCACGUCCAUUGACUUCAAUAGCCUCCAACUCAGUAAAGUCAAUUUCAUCCAGCGUCGAUUCCUGGUGUGAAGUCUGGAUAAACCGCUCCCAUAUCUGCCGGCGCGCU